AUCUCAGAUCAAUCCGCUCGUAUAAUCAGUUCCUCAUGGGAAAUUGUGCCGGACGUAAUAAAGCAUCGAUGGUGUGGGCAAAUGACGAUGACUGGGAGUCUACAGAAGGAUCAAAGGGAUUUCCUAACAGGGCGAAACAAAGACUACUGGGUGAAAACUCAUCAUCGUCUGCAUCUUCAUCUUCAUCUUCAUCAUCAGAGCCAUGUGGUAGAGAGGUGAAGAUCAAGAUUACAAAGAAGCAGCUGAGGGAAUUACUAGGAAAUGUUGAUCACGUGCAGAGUAUGCCUGUGGAACAAGUGUUGUCUUCGUUGGUGGACCGUAGUGAUCGGUUUGAGAUCCAGCAUCAACGGUCGUGGAGGCCGAGUCUACAGAGUAUACCGGAAGUGGAUCAAUAGAGGAUUAGAUUAGAUUUAGAGGUAAUCAUGGCGUCACCAAAUUCCAAUGUUGGUCCUGGGCUUGGCUACAAUGGAAAUUAGGUUUUUUAUGGGCGUUUUGUUUGUUUGUUUUGGGAGACUUUUCCUUGAUUCGCAUAUGUACUCUCAUCUUGUUUUUUCUUCUUAUUCAUCGGUUGGUGUACAUGGAAGUUAGGUUCGAUUUUUGGACUACAAUUAUUUUGCGUUUAGUGUAAAUUAAGAAGAACCUAAUUAGCACUGUUUUU